GAGAACAACCAUUUGUUGAGACCUUUCAUUGAAAGCAGUUAAACACUUACACAUUAAAUUAGGUCAUUCAUAUGAUAAAUGAUUCUAACUAGGGACUAGUCAGCCUGAGUUCCCUCAUUUUCACCCGCAGGAGUCGGACACCUCUACAAUAAUGUUUUCUAAGGAUGUAGUUUCUGUGCCAUAAGUGGAGUCCAUCGGAUGCGGAGUUUCACCCUGGAUUUGUCCUUAUGCGGUCGGUUAUAGUAUGCGGUACAACGGGUACACUAGGCUGCUUACUGCGAUUAUAUUAUUCAGUCUGAUCCAUUCUGAAUCGGUUCUGCAAGCAUUUGCAACAAGAUCCGCUAGUUCCCUCCAGAAAUGGUACGGUUGAUCAUUGUUCUUUCUUUCGAUAUUUUUCUAAACCAACAUAAUUUUCACAGUUGAGCUGGACUAAGUAUUUUCGGUCCAUUAAUAUGCACGUUUGUGAGCAACAUGUCUUUUUGCAAGAAUGCCGAGCUAUCAUAACUGAUCUUGGUGAAUAACAAGGGGAAACUCCCCCUUCAUACAUACUUCUUGAACAAUGACAAUACCAAGCGCCACAAGCAGCGGCUCCUCAACAGCCAAGAUCAGCAGACACGGGCGAUCCAAAAGCACCAGUACACACCGUCAUAGUAGCGGUCCGCCUCUGGAGUCCUCCUCGUCCACUGCCGCAAACAACACCAGUAGGUCGUCCGGUGAGGAAGAGGAGAAAGAUGGUGGCGUUCCGUUUUACGUGAACAGGACGGGCUUUCCUAUUGACAGUGUCACUUGGGAGAGAAUGUGGUCCCAUGUUGCCAAAGUUCACCCCGAUGGACAGGAGAUGGUGGAUAGGAUACAAAAUGCAACUCACCUCCCUAAACACCCCAUGCCAUCGGUUCCAAACUUUAAGCCAUCCAUGUCUGUGCCUGAUUGGCUCCAUGCUGUCCAGAACUUCAUGAGAAACCUGCAAUACAACCACACAGGAACACAGUUCUUUGAGAUUAAGAAAACCAGACCUCUGAGUGGAUUAAUGGAGACUGCCAGAGAGAUGAUAAGAGAAUCACUUCCCAUUAAAUGCCUUGAAGCAGUAAUCCUUGGAAUCUACCUAACCAAUGGUCUGACCUCCAUGGAACGGUUCCCCAUCAGCUUUAAGACACAGUUCUCCGGGCACCACUUCCAUCAUGUGGUGUUGGGCAUUUACUGUAAUGGCCGUUACGGCACCUUGGGUAUGAGUCGGCGUGCUGAUCUCAUGGACAGAGCUCUGACCUUUCGUACACUUAGUGAGCUUGUUUUCGACUUUGAAGUCUCGUAUCGCCACUACCAGCACACUAUGAAGAAGAUAAAGAUCGGCUUGUAUGUGCCCCACAAUCCACAUGUUUUCCAGCCAAUUGAGUGGAACUAUCUGGUGGUCAACGCCAGUAAGCAGGGACAUGAAGACAUGCGCAAAGAGCUGGAAAAGCAUGGCCGUGACAUGAGGAUGAAGAUUCUUAAGUCAUCUAGUGCUCAGUCUCCAAUCAAAGAACGAACCCGAGGAAAAUCUUUAUCACCACACCGACGACUCGGCAGCAGUCCCCAAAGACGCCAGCACGUCCACAAAAGAGACAAAUCGCCAGCAGCUCUGGACAGAAAGCCAGCAGAGCUCAGCACCCUCAGUGACGGCUACCAGAUCCGAAUCUGAGACACUAAAGAGCUGAUCCACCAGCUUUCCCAUCCACAACCACUGAAAGGCCAUCCCUUCAUCCCUCAACUCCACAGAUGAUAUUUUUAAACUAUUUAAUGCAGAUUGUGAACUGUAUAUUAAACGUAUUAACAGUUUUACAUUCUUCUGUGUCAGUGGGAGAAGACGUGGGUGCCCUUUUAAGGCAGAAGACACUAAGUUAGGUUAAGGGUCUAUUGUGUACCUUAAAGGUACACUUUCUUGUUUUGUUCUUCUGGGGACAUUUUUUUUAAAUGUCUCCUUAAGGGUACCAAAGUGAUGGCUUUGUACCUUUAACCAAACCUUAACCAAAAAAAGCAGCAGCAAUUCGUAAAUAAUUUUAAACAAAGCUUGAUAAAUUGAGUAUUUCUUUUAAUUGUCGAACUUUUAAGUCAGAGUGAACCAAAAUGACACAUUUUGUAAUUUACAGUAACUUAGCUAAAGAACAUGUUUAUACCCCAUUUUUUAGAAGACAAAAAGCUUGCGAACUUAUUCAAAUAUAAAAGUAAAUGUGUCAAAUUUGGAAAAGAAAAUAUUUUUUUGGACAGAUGCCUCACUAGCAAUGAGAAGUUGGGUGUGCAUGGAUUGUGCUUGGCAGAGAGAUGUAAACCUUGGUGCCUCGUGCUGUGGUGGUGGCAAUUUUGAAGGCUGAUUGGCCUUUUCGUCGGAGACGGAUGCUUUUUUGCCAGAGGCAAAAAGGGACCAGAACAUAAGAGAACUACCUUGUACUUCAUGUUUUUAUACGUGCACACAAUCCCCAGACACUGGAAUGUGGAUGGAACAGACACUAUUUAUUGACUAAGGUUUGAGACUAACUUACAAAGAAUGGUUAAAAAAAAAUCAUUACAGUUAUAGUUUUUUUGUUUUGUUUGUUUGUUCACCCCUUACAGUAUUUAGUGUUUAAAAGUAUUUUCCUCUUACUUUGUUUUCUGUAAACCAGUUUUUUUCUUGUGCAAUUGAUUGACCCGUCCAUUGCAAAUAUUCCUAAAAUUCCCACACACUUAAUUAUUUUGAAAAUGUAUAUCAUUUUAUGUAAUUUCCUACUGCAUAUUGACACUGAUAAGAAACCUUUGGUCACAUGUAUCAAUGAAUGCCAUUUUUCAAUGGAUACAAUAUGCUAAAUAAUAUAAAACAUAUGGGUACAGAUUUUAUGAUGUUAAAAUUCUCAUAUCCUAGGAGAAAUUAUUUAUCUUAGCUUAAUAUGCAGUCAACCAUUAGUAAGCCAUUUGUAGGUUGAUUUCACUUUAAAGUGCACUGAGCAACUUGUCGAGCCCGACACAGCAACCUUGGCUCAACCAAUGGUAUGAGUUUUGGGCAGGAGUAUCUGUUUGUACAAUGGAAGAUGAAGGGAUUUUUGGGGAAUCUUUAUGAAAACUGAUUAUUUUUGCAGUUCUGUUUGGUGGUGCAGAAAUGACACACUUCAGCUUUUAGUUCAACAACAUACACAAUUCAAGUUAAAAUUAGGUUAUCAACCUGAAACUUUGCCACCUCAUUUGAGAAUAAGCUAUACACGUACAACGGGUCUAUGAAUCUGGCCUCCUUGACAGUAGACCUGUCUUUGAAUUGCAGCUGUUAUAUUAAACAUAUUACAGAUUCUUUGUGGGUUGUUUAAGCAGUUGUUCUCUGAACGUCUGUUUUAGCUGGUGCUGUUGACUAAACUACCACGUUAUAGCUCAUUCUGCCUUGCAAUUGGUAACAGCUUUUUAUCAAAAGCUAUUAAACCACACAAGUGCCAGAGCAUUGAAUGCUGACAGUAAGUCUUUCUUAAGGCUGAGGGCUUCACCCUCUUGGUCACAUGAAGAUGAAAGAUCUUCAUUAGUUUCAAUGACAUAUUGUAUGCACCUUGAUGAACGGCUCAGAUCCUUUGUGGGAGAGAAGCGGUCUGCUGCUCAUUUGGUAUCUGAAGAACAUCAAAUUGUUGCAGAUUUAUUACAUUUAUAACCUGAUGUUUGGUAACUGAUCAAAUGUGUGUGAAACUUUACAAGAUUCUUUGGCUUUCAGGUUUGAAGGAAAAUGCAAUGAUCUCCCCUCAAAGGUGCUAAGGCAAGACACUCAUUUGACCCAUUUUAUAGAUAUUAAAUAACUUUUAUUUAAGCAUUGGCUUGUUUUAUAAUUAAAAAGCACAUUAAACUGAUAUUUCUUUAGCACAAUGAUUGGGGAAGAAAUUACAAGAUCUUAAAUACAGGAUAAUACCAUAUUAUUUUUAAGCCUUACCACAAUAUUCAUGAAAAUAUAGAUGCUUUUGUGGAAUUUUAAUAUUUCUAUGUCUUAUGCAGUCUUGACAUGUUUGCAAAUGCAAUCCAUUUUGAUGAAUUACUCAAAUACUUUAUUAUUCAAAAUCUGAAAACACUGCAAUUUUAUUUUUAAAGGGAGGUGUUGUCUUUAGUGAUUAGAAUGCUAGUGGUGUGAAUUUCUCAAGUCUUUUGAGAAGAACUCAUUUUAAACUUGGCCUCAGUUUUGUGUUCAAGCUGUUUGUAUUAUACAUGCACUGUUUAAAUAAGGACUUUAUAAAACUGGAUUGACCCUGAACUGUUAUUCAGACAGAUUUUUUUCUAGGCCUUACAACAACUUGUACCAUCUGUACAUGUCUUUUCUGUCAUAAAUGUGUGUUUCUGGGUCACCCGCAUUCCCCAAUGACAAAGCACUGCUGUAAUUUGUAUAUUAUCCUCUGUAGCAUG